GGUAUUCAGAAAAAACUGCGUGACCAUCAGUAACAAUGGCCAGGGUUUUACGUUAAUAGCGUAAACCGCUGUCGUUAGUUCAGGGGCAGGUUGGGCUUGUGGUUCGUUAUCAACUGGCAGCAGCAACCGGGCAUCAUUGGGCGUUGUUAGCCAUGCUGCUAUUCAUGGACUUGCGUUGUUCAAGAAACAACUCGUUAUAGCCAGAUCUGUUUGAAAGAAAUAGCCUGAAACCUUGAUCAUGGCGCUACGCCGGAUAACCCAAGAAACCUUCGAUGCGGUUGUCAAGGAAAACAUUGAGGAGUUCGACAUGAGCCCCGACGAGGCACUGCGGGAAGCAGUGGAACAAUUUCAGUCUCAAGGUGUGGACCUGAGCUGUAUAGUUCAGGCUGUACCGACAGCCGUGUCUGAUGAGCAAGACGAACAAGCUCACGAGGUCCUACAGGCCCUGGAGUCUCUCCAGAUAGCCCAGACCUCCAGCGGGCCUUCGGACACCCGCGUCAACGAGGAGCUACAACGCUUCACCCACCAAUGUUCGCUCGGCUUCGCCCAGAGACACCUGGCGGCCCAGAAGCAAGCCUACCCCGUCAUCCUCUCCACCUGCCGGGCCUCUCUGGGGGGAUCGGGGCCCCUGCUGACCUCCCUGACUGCUCUGGCCUCGCUGAUGGACGGACAGCCCGACCUGCUGGACCCAGAGGGCCGCGAGCUCCUGGUGAGGGUGCUGGCCGCGCACAGAGACGACCCCGACGUGACGUGCGUGGCCGUGCGCGCCGUGCGGCUCUGCUGCCUGAAGCACGAGCAGAACCGUCAGGACCUGGUGAAGGCCGGCGUGCUGGCGCUGCUGGUCGACGCCCUGGCACAGCACGCGGCGAGAGCCAGCCUGGUCAGGGAGGCGUGUCUGGCGCUGAGGGUCAUGACCUUCGACGACGACAUCAGGGUCACGUUCGGGAACGCUCACGAGCACGCCAAGAUGAUCGUUCUGGAACACGGCGGGCUGAAGGUGCUCAUCGAGGCGGCGAAAGCCCACCCUGAAAACACGUUGGUGCUGAGCGAGUUGUGUGCCACCCUGUCCCGCCUGGCCGUGAGGAACGAGUUCUGUCAGGACAUCUGUGACCUCGGGGGGUUGAAGUUCAUGAUGAGCCUGCUGGCAGAGGGCAUGGAUUCCCAGGAGCUGGUCCGCCAGCUGCUGAGUGCUCUGAGGGCCAUAGCGGGGAACGAUGACGUGAAGGACGCCAUCGUGAACGCCGGCGGCGUGGAGCUCAUCGUCAUCGCCAUGAACAGACACAUUACUAACGCACAGGUGUGUGACCAGGGCUGCGCCUCGCUUAGCGUGCUGGCGCUCCGGAAACCCAGCAACUGCGGAGUCAUCAUGGACGAGGGCGGGGCCAUGGCUGCCCUGCAGGCCAUGAAGACACACCCCCAGGACGUCAACGUGCAGAAACAGGCGUGCAUGCUGCUGAGGAACAUGGUGGCCCGCAUGCAGAAGCUCACCCAGCCCAUCCUGGAGAUGGGAGCGGAGGCCCUGAUCAGCCAGGCGCUGGCGACCCACCAGGACUGCCACGACGUGGGCCGCGCCGCCCUGCGGGACCUGGGCUGCCAGGUGGAGCUCCGGGAGCUGUGGACUGGAAAGAAGGGGAGCCUCACCAACUGACCGGCCUGGUGGUCUGGGGCGUCCGCCUACCCUGAUCAGAGAGGGAGAGAGAAAGAGA